AUGUCCGAUGGAGUUCUUAGGCGCAAUCGUCCGGGGUCUAAAGCUAAGGACUUCUGCCGGUGGCCUGACCAACCAAUUGAAGAAAUGGACAAUACACUGGCUGUUCAACAACUGAUUCAACAAACAAUUAGACGAGAUCCCUCAAAUUUGGAAGCAAUUUUAAAAAUGCCUGAAGCACAAGAGGAAGGUGUAUGGAAGUAUGAACAUUUAAGACAGUUCUGCAUGGAAUUAAAUGGCUUGACUGUUAGACUGCAAAAUGAAUGCAAACCUAAUACAUGCACUCAGAUGACAGCUACUGAACAAUGGAUAUUUCUUUGUGCUGCUCACAAAACUCCAAAAGAAUGUCCUGCUAUAGACUACACAAGACAUACUCUUGAUGGCGCAGCGUGUUUGUUAAACAGUAACAAAUACUUUCCUAGCAGGGUGAGCAUAAGAGAUUCUUCUGUUGGCAAACUGGGCUCAGUAUGCAGGAGGGUAUAUAGAAUAUUCUCCCAUGCCUAUUUCCAUCAUCGUGCCAUAUUUGACGCUUUUGAAAAGGAAACACACCUAUGCAAGAGAUUCACUCAUUUUGUUACAAAGUAUUCUAUAAUUUCAAAGGAAAUUUUAAUUCUGCCCAAGCUCGAUGAUGAGACUCCAAUAAGUCAACCUGUUGGAGAAUCUGAGGCAUAA